AUGGCAUCCGAGUCCCUCCACUAUGUUGGCACCCUCGAGGGCCACCGCAACUGGGUCACCGGCAUCGCCAGCACCUUCGAGCAGAGCAACCUGGUGGUCUCCUCUUCUCGAGACAAGACAUUGAUGAUUUGGGAGCUCACCCCUGACAGCGAGAACCCCGGGUAUGCUCGAAGGUCCCUGCAUGGCCAUGGUGAGUGUGUGGCCAGCUGCGUGCUGUCCUCCGAUGGCCAGUAUGCCCUGUCUGGCUCAUGGGACAAGACCAUGCGCCUGUGGGACUUGAACACCGGGGCCACCGUGCGAGUCUUCAAGGGCCACACGAAGGAUGUGAACAGCGUGGCCUUCUCGGGCGACAACCGCCAGAUCGUGUCGGGCAGCCGUGACAAGACGAUCAAGCUGUGGAACACGCUGGCUGAGUGCAAGUACACGAUCAUGGAGGACAUGCACACCGAUUGGGUCAGCUCGGUUGGCUUCUCCCCCUCCGCCAAGAUGCCGCUCAUCGUUUCCGCCGGUUGGGACAAGCUGGUGAAGGUCUGGAACCUGAGCAACUGCAAGCUUCGCACCAACUUGGUGGGCCACACCGGAGUCGUUUACACCACCACCGUGUCCCCCGAUGGCUCCCUCUGCGCGUCAGGUGGCAAGGAUGGCACCGUGAUGCUGUGGGACGUGAACGAGGGCAAGCACCUGUACUCUCUGGAUGCUGGUGGCACCAUCAACGCCUUGACCUUCAGCCCAAGGAAUUACUGGCUGACCGCGGCCACCGACACCACCAUCCGCGUGUGGGACUUGGAGAACAAGCAGAUCUUGGAAGAGCUUACCGCCAUCAACCCCCCCAAGAACGGCCUGCCUUGGUGUGUCUCCUUGUCCUGGAGCGCUGAUGGCAGCACCUUCUUCGCCGGUUCGACCGACGGCAACAUCUACGUGUACAGGGGAGUCGCAAGAGAGUCGCAAGACCCUGCUUCCGACUGCCAGGGCCCUUUGCAUCAAGCAAGGGGUUGCUGGAGGAAGGUAUCUGGGGCAGGUGCAGACUCUUUAGAAAAUGGAGCUACGGUGUUCUCGGCAAAAGAAGGAGGCACAUGGUUCGGCUGUGGCUUCUGA